UCAGGUGAUCCACCUGCCUCGGCCUCCCAGAGUGCUAGGAUUACAGGUGAGAGCCACCAUACCCGGCCACCUCUGCUUUUUUGGAGCUGACAUUGUUGUGGGGGUGACAGGCAAAUGGGUUAGCUGAUGACUAGGAUAAUUUCAUGAAGAUGUGAACCAGUGAAGCAAUUAAAUCAAGGUAAAGUGUGGCUGGAUGCGGUGGCUCAUGCCUGUAAUCCUAGCACUUUGGGAGACCAAGGCAAGAGGGUUGUGUCAGCCUAGGAAUUUAAGAGCUGCCUAGGCAGCAUAGCGAGAUCCUGUCUCUUAACAAACAAACAAAAACAAGGUAAAGUAGGCUGGGUGCGGUGGCUCAUGCCUGUAAUCCCAGCAGUCAGGGAGGCUGAGGCGGGUGGAUCGCCUGAAGUCAGGAGUUCAAGACCAGCCUGGCCAACAUGGUGAAAUCUUGUCCCUACUAAAAACUACAAAAAUUAGCCAGGCAUCAUGGCAGGCACCUGUAAUCCCAGCUACCUGGGAGGGUGAGGCAGGCGAAUCGCUUGAACCCGGGAGGCGGAGGUUGCGGUGAGCUGAGAUCGCGCCAUUGCGCUCCAGCCUGGGCAACAGGAGUGGAACUCCGUAUCAAAAAGAAAUAAAAAAGCAAGGUCAAGUAGUAAGAGAAGCAGUAAGAGUGACCGGAAUAGGGGUCCCUGACCUCUUGGGAGAGGAGACAUUGGAGGUGGUGAUGAUUUGCUGAGGCAGCCACACACGUUCAGCUUGUGAAGACAGCAGGUGUGUGACGGGGGAUGAGGGAGGAAGCUGGCAGAUCUGUGCAAAUGAGAGGUGCCUGUGGCCUUGGGCUCAUGGAAGUGGGAGGUGAUGGGAUUCUAAUAUGCUCGGGUACAGUUUACAAAUACAACCUCUCUUAGUUUGCCCAAUACCUCCAAAUUCCUGGGCUGGCACACCUGAGGUUCAGGUGGCAUGACUGAGCCACAGUCACACAUCGCCGCUGUAGGAUACCACCACGAUUGGGUUAGAUUCCAGCACAUGGGGGUCCCAGCCUGGCCUCUUGGUCCCACCUCACCUGGUGACUGGUGCAGACCACUCUGUUCUUGCCUGUUUCAGGCAGCGGAGGAGGAGGAAGAGAUGGACCUCCCGGACUCGGCCUCGAGGGUCUUCUGCGGCCGCAUCCUGAGCAUGGUGAACACAGAUGAUGUCAACGCCAUCAUCCUGGCCCAGAAGAACAUGCUCGACCGCUUUGAGAAGACCAAUGAGAUGCUGCUCAACUUCAACAACCUGUCCAGCGCCCGCCUGCAGCAGAUGAGCGAGCGCUUCCUGCACCACACAAGGACCCUGGUAGAGAUGAAACGGGACCUGGACAGCAUCUUCCGCCGGAUCAGGCUUCGCUGUGCACUUAAGUGUCUGGGACAAUUCCAACCUUGGGAUAAAAUCUUGACGACGCUGAAAGGGAAACUGGCCAGGCAGCACCCAGAGGCCUUCAGCCAUAUCCCGGAGGCGUCCUUCCUGGAGGAAGAGGAUGAAGACCCCAUCCCACCCAGCACCACGACCACCAUCGCCACCUCAGAACAGAGCACGGGCUCAUGUGACACCAGCCCCGACACCGUCUCGCCGUCCCUGAGCCCUGGCUUCGAGGACCUGUCCCAUGUCCAGCCUGGCUCCCCAGCCAUCAACGGCCGCAGCCAGACAGAUGAUGAGGAGACGACGGGCGAAUAGACCUACUGCCCGGUGCCUUGAGGGGUCUCAGGGCAGCGGCAUACAAGGUGGCAACGGGUAACCCUGCCUUGUUCUGUCACCCAGGGCUCCUUUGCUGCCCCGUUCUGUCACCCAGGGCUCCUAGGGGAACAGGGCUGUCUCCCGAGGGGUGUGAAAUUCCUGGGGGGUCUUUAAUUCUGGCUCCUUCCUUCCUCAGAACACCUCUCUUCUGCAAGACCCCUCUGCCAUGCCAGGGCACGCCCAUUCCGGCUGGAGUCGCAGGGCUGGGCACGGGAAUUUUUCCAGAGCUGAGCCUGACGUCUGCUCUGCAGAAUGCUUGAAAGGUUCCCAGAGACCAGAGCCAGAUGUCCCCCACCCCCGGUCAGGACCUCCUUGAGGUGCACAAGCACGGUCUCCUCUGAGUUCACCCCAGCCCACCCCUGCACCCACUAAUUCUGCUUUUCCUGCCCCUUGCUCCGUAAAAGUAUCAAAUACUGUCUCCUUGGUAUCUCAAAGAGGUUUCUGAGAUAGGUAGAAGUCUUGAGAUGGAGGCUGGCCAUCCAUUCAGCCCUGAGCAUGCUGAGGCCUGUGUUUCUCUGAGUAGAGGUGUGGAACCUGAGGGGCCAGCAGGCCUCUCUGAGGGCCUCCAUGGAGCAAACGGAGCCACCCUGGGAAAGAGUUUAAUGGAAUAUUUUUGUACCCAAUGUUUACAGAUGCUGUUGGGAAGUUAUCAAUAAAAAGACACCAUUACUAAAAAGGGAAAAGUA